AUGACAACGAACAGAAGAUUCCGUCAGAAUAAUUGCGAAAUCAACACCAAAUCUUCAUCAAAAUGCAUGCCUAAUCUUGUGAUGCUCACAUUCUACUCGUUUGGACAAUGGAUCAAUCAGAAAAUAAUUAAUUUCUCCUUUUUGAUGUAAAUGAAUAUUGAUUUUUGAGAGUGAAAGACUAGAAUGUAUUCGAAAAAAGCAGGCGACAAAAUCAAAAAACUCUAGAGAAUCGACAAAAAAGUUCCGGAGAAUCGCCAAAGCGUACCGAGAAAAGGUCUGGAACCGGGUUUGGAGCCUUUUUUAGCGACAUUCUCGUUCCAAUUUGGCGAAACUCCGGAGUUUUCUACUGCCUGAGUUGGUUGGCAUUUUCUCUUCUUACGGGAGACCUAUUCCUGCUGUCUUCUUGCUGCCUGCCUGCCACCGUCUUCCGUCGCCGUCUUCUGCAUUCAGCUGCCUCACGUCUUCAGCCGCCAACGUCUUCACUAUCUGCCACGUCAAGCUGUUUUGCACGAAGAAUUGGAUCGAUAUUAUUCAGAUAAGUUGUUUUUUUUAUUUAUCUCCAUUUUUGUGCUUUUUCGUUUGUUUUGUUUCAGGAACUACAACAACCGUGUCCAUCUGCUUCAGUCCUGGAUUUGCUGUCAAAUCGCCUCCUCAAAUUGCUUCAUCUUCAGUUGCUGAUCCUGGUGAUUUCGUAUUGAAGGGAUUCUCGGUCUUUUGACUGAGAAUUUUUCGUUUUCAAGCUCGAGUCACCAGGAUAAUCACCACCAAGUGGCAAAUUUGGAAACAAGUCUGGCUCGCCAAAAAUUUGGAAACAUUUCCAGCACGCUGGAAAUUUUCCAUUUUUCUGGCUCAUAUCGGACUGUUUCUAGGUUUUGCCACUAGCGCAUCACGCGCUCAUCAUUGAAAUAAUAAAGUUUUUUUUAUAAUGCGUUUUUGAUUCCUCCCAAUCGACUGAUUUCUUAAAAAUUCCGAUACUAAUCAUUUUUUUUCCAGAAUUGUCAUUGCUGAUUUUCUACUUCUCAGUCUUCUUCAACCGUCUCCUGCAAUCUUCACAAGAUCGCCGCUGUCAAGCUGACCUCAACACAUAUCAUUGCUAUCAAUUCGUCGCCUCAUCUUCAGUCGCUGUUCAACACCUUCAAUGCCGAGCAGCCGCCAAGUCGAGCUGGAAAUGGAAGAUUUUUGCACCGCCUACAGGAUUUCAAUCGGAAUUCGAGUUACCAGGUAGUUUUUUUUUCAAUUUUUAUUAGUUAGUUGAUGUUGGUUUUUAAGCUAGUUAAUUUUCAAUCAUUAUCAGCAACAUUUUUUGGCGUUUAGGAUUUACUCCGAUAGUCAAAUAAAAAUGUGCAAUUUGGCUGAAGAUCUUUGAGCAUAAGAUUUACUCUGAUAUCGAAGAUUAUUAGGCGAUGAUUGAAGAUUUUUGGCUUAGAAAAAACAUUAAUGCUUUAGAGUUAUGUAUUUAUUUGUUAGAUUAUACGUUUUUCUCACAUUUUCUCAUUUUCAAGAUCGAACCAAUGUGAUGUUUCAAGUGGGCAGCGUCGACUUCAACAACAUCUUCCACAAUCUCUACAACGACAGCACUUGCCGAAGCGGUUCCGACUCCGAAAGCUGACGUUGCUCCACCACGUGAGCAGAAAUGUCAAGUGUUUGCCGAGUUGCCACAUCUCAGUCUGCUUGAAUCGUCCCCUGCAAAUUUCGCAAUCGCCUUUGCCAAGCUGACUGCUCCACUCCUAUACAACGUCAUCAGCUGUUCAUCUUCUGCAACGCCGAGCAGCCGCCAAUCCAUCGUCGUCUUCAGAAGCCGCUUAGUCGAGCUGGAACUGGAGGAUUUUUCGACCGGAAUUCGAUUUACCAGGUCGUUUUUUUCCAAGUUUUAUUUACAAUUAGGAUACGUUUUCUAGAUAUUUUAAAACUUCUAGAUUGUUUAGGCUUUGAUUGUAAAUCUAGGGUUUUUAAGCUAAUUAAUUUUCAAUCAUUAUCAGCAACAUUUAUUGGCGUGUAGGAUUUACUCCGAUAGUCAAAUAGAAAUGUGCAAUUUGGCUGAAGAUCUUUGAGCAUAAGAUUUACUCUGAUAUCGAAGAUUAUUAGGCGAUGAUUGAAGAUUUUUGGCUUAGAAAAAACAUUAAUGCUUUAGAGUUAUGUAUUUAUUUGUUAGAGUAUACGUUUUUCUCACUUUUUCUCAUUUUCAAGAUCGAAUCAAUGUGAUGUUUCAAGUUGGCAGCGUCGACUUCAACAACAACUUCCACAACACAAUCUCCACAACAACAGCACUUGCCGAAGCGGUUCCCACUCCGAAAGCUGAUGUUGCUCCACCACAUGAGCAGAAAUGUCAAGUUUUUGCCGAGUUGCCACGUCUCAGUUUGAUCGAAUCGUCUCCUGCAAAUUUCGCAAUCGCCUCUGCCAAGCUGACUGCUCCACUCCAAUACAACGCCAUCAAUUCGUCGUAG